UUUCUGGGCUGGGAGGGGGAGGGAGGAGGGCGUCUCUCGGAGGCGCGGGCCGGGACUUCUGCUUCCAUUCUUGAGGCUCCUCCCCUUCCGCGGCCGUUCCGGGCCGGUCUGGUGGCGGAGUCUGCAGCUCGGGGUGCGCUUGUUCAGGCUCCGAGUGCGGGUCAGCACCAGCCCGGGAAGGGAAGCCUCAGACCCCGGCCUCCCUCCCUGGGGCCCCUCUCCCUCCCCCGCCCGGCCGGCAGAGCGCCCGAGCCCGGAACCAGAGACAUGGCCCCCGGCAGCCGGAGCCCCUCGUCCCAGGAAUUAGUGACAAUCAAGGAUAUUAUGGUGGACUUCACUGAGGAGGAGUGGGGGCUCCUGGACCCUUCACAGAAGGAGCUGUACAAGGAGGUCACACUGGAGAAUGUCCAGAGCCUGCUGUCCCUGGAUGUAGAAACUGGGUUCAGAAUAAAUGAGAUGAGUAAAAAGCUGGGAAUUUUUGUGAAAGAACACAACCUGCGAAGAUUCAUGGAUGAUGGUCCCUUUGACUUCAAUUUCAAGGAAUUCCAUGAUUUUAUUCUCAAAGAAGAUAAAUAUCCAAAGAGUGAUUGUAAACAGUGUGAAAUUGGAAAGAGAUUCCGAUGGACUUCUGUUCUAAAUCACGGGAAGAAAAUGACCUCAGGAAGUGAUUACCUUCAAGGUAGUGAAUACAAGAAAGGCUUCACUGAAGAGGUACAGCCUUUAAUUCCAGGUAAUCAAUGGGAUAUAGCUGGGAAGUGCAGUUCAGGCCUCAAUGGCCAUCAGAAAAGUGAUACUGAAGAAAUGCUUUCCAUAAGUAAUGAUGAGAAGGCUGUCAGUCAAAACUCUAAUCUCCUUACUCAUCAGCAAAUGCAUAUUGGUAAAGAACCUGAGGAACAUAAUGUAUGUGAAGUAUCCUCAUCUUAUCACUCAUCUCUUCUUUACUGUCCUGGAAUUAAAAGAUUUGGAUGUGAUCAGUGUGGGAAAGUCUUUGGUUGGAAUCCAGCUCUUGCUAGCCCGCAGAAGGCUCAUAUUGGAGAGAUGACUCAUAAAUGUACUGGAUGUGGGAGAGCUUUCAAUUAUAGAUCAAUCCUGCUUAACUAUCAGAAAAUCUACCCUAGAGAGGAGCCUUAUUUAAGUCUUCAGUGUGGAAAGCCUUACAUAUGCAAUCAAUGUGGAAACACUUUUAAUAAUAUCUCCCAUCUAGCAAAACAUAAGAAAACCCACACUGGAGAGAAACCUUUUAAAUGUAAUCAAUGUGGAAAGACUUUCACAUGCAGUGCCAGUCUUGCUGCACAUCAGAGAAUCCACAUGAGAGAAAAACCUUUUAAAUGUAAUCAGUGUGGAAAGACUUUCACAUGCAGUGCCAGUCUUGCUGCACAUCAGAGAAUCCACACUGGAGAAAAACCUUUUAAAUGUAAUCAGUGUGGAAAGACUUUCACAUGCAGUGCCAAUCUUGCUGCACAUCAGAGAAUCCACACUGGAGAGAAACCUUUUAAAUGUAAUCAGUGUGAAAAGACUUUCACAUGGAGGUCCUAUCUUGCUUUACAUCAGAGAAUCCACACUGGAGAGAAAGCUUUUAAAUGUGAUCAGUGUGGAAAGUCUUUUAUAUCCAGCUCUGAUCUUGCUAGACAUAAGAGAACACAUACUGGAGUGAAACUUUUUAAAUGCAAUCACUGUGGAAAGGCUUUCACAAUGAAGGGCAGUCUUGCUGCACAUCAGAGAAUCCACACUGGAGAAAAACCUUUUAAAUGUAAUCAGUGUGGAAAGACGUUCACAUGCAGUGCCAGUCUUGCUGCACAUCAGAGAAUCCACACUGGAGAGAAACCUUUUAAAUGUAAUCAGUGUGGAAAGACUUUCACAUGCAGUGCCAGUCUUGUUGCACAUCAGAGAAUCCACACUGGAGAGAAACCUUUUAAAUGUAAUCACUGUGGAAAGGCUUUCACAUUCAGCUCUGAUCUUGCUAGACAUAAGAGAAUACACACCGGAGUAAAACUUUUUAAAUGUAAUCAGUGUGGAAAGGCUUUCACACAAAGUGCCAAUCUUGCUGCACAUCAAAGAAUCCACACUGGAGAGAAAGCUUUUAAAUGUAAUCAGUGUGGAAAGGAUUUUACACGGAGUGCCAAUCUUGCUGCACAUCAGAGAAUCCACACUGGAGAGAAACCUUUUAAAUGUAAUCAAUGUGGAAAGGCUUUCACAUCCAGCUUUGAUCUUGCUAGACAUCAGAGAAUCCACACUGGAGAGAAACCUUUUAAAUGUCAUCAGUGUGGAAAGGCUUUCACGUCCAGUUCCGAUCUUGCUAGACAUCAGAGAAUCCACACUGGAGAGAAACCUUUUAAAUGUAAUCAGUGUGGAAAGACUUUCACAUGUAGUGCCAGUCUUGCUGGACAUCAGAGAAUCCACACUGGAGAGACACCUUUUAAAUGUAAUCAAUGUGGAAAGGCUUUCACAUCCAGCUCCGAUCUUGCUAGACAUCAGAGAAUCCACACUGGAGAGAAACCUUUUAAAUGUAAUCAGUGUGGAAAGGCUUUCACAUUCAGUUCCAAUCUUACUAGACAUCAUAGAAUCCACACUGGAGAGAAACCUUUUAAAUGUAAUCAGUGUGGAAAGACUUUCACAUGUAGUGCCAGUCUUGCUGCACAUCAGAGAAUCCAUACAGGAGAGAAGCCAUUUAAGUGUAAUCAAUGAGGAAAGGCUUUGACAUCCAGCUCCAGUCUUGCUAGACAUAAGAGAAUACACACUGGAGUGAAACUUUUUAAAUAUAAAGUGUGGAAAGGCCUUUAUGUCCAGCUCUUAUCUUGUUAGACAUUAGAGAGCCCACACUGGAGAGAAACCUUUUAAAUGUAAUCAAUGCAGAAAGGCCUUUGUAUCUGUGAAACUUUUUUUUUGAUGCUUUUUUUUUUUCUAUUUUGGAUAGGACAGAUUAGCAGUGGGAACUAUACUAGCUAUAGGAUUGUUCCUCCGCUGAUCCUCUAAUCUAAAAUAAUAAGGAAUGCAUUAUUUCAAUAGUGAUACAUGCAAUAGAACGGAAGGACUGAGAAAGCCUUGAAAAAUGGUUUAUUAAAUUCAUUAUAACUCAAAAAAGAAAUUCAGGGUUUGCAGAUUUGUUUCUUGACAUAUUUUUCUGUUUUCUGUAAAUUUAAAAUGUUCAUUUGAUUUCAUUUGUAUGAAUUUCAAAAUUAAAAAAGAAAUCAGAUAU